AUGGACCAAAUGGGCAAAAGUCGGGAAGCACCAGCUCAAACCAAGCUCAAAGAUACAAUUACCGAACUAACUAGGGAGUUGAAGCAACUUAGUCUAUUAGAACAAGAAGGAAUAAUCACUAAUAUUGAUAAAGAAAAAAAAGAAAAGAUUCAAUAUGAAAUUAGGUUAUCAACAAAAGCUUUACAUAAAUUAGAAUAUCAAAAACGUCAACAGCAGAAGUAUAGAUCCCAGAAAAAACAGAAGCUUCUGCGAAUAGAAAGGCAGUUUAAAGAGGCAGAUCUCAAUACGCAGCUCAUUAGGCCAACAGUUGGUCACCCAAGUCUAGAAGAACAACAACCAGACCAGCUCCAAGAAGCAUUAACAAAUAUGAACUAUAAACUGUUAUGCUCUGCAGCAUAUCUUAGGCUAAUUCCAAGAUGGAAUAAUAGUAAAGAAGGAAAGCGACACAUUAAAACGGUGCCAGUGAAGCUUCUAAGGUCACAAAAUUCAGCAAGAAGAGCCCAUGAAGUUACUCGUUUCUAUGCUGCUUUGAUAAGAAAUGUGAAAGAAAUGGUAUCAGUAUUGGGUCCCAAGAGUACUUUAGUAAUAUCCCAAGAUGAUAAAGCGCUGGAAUACCGAGUAGAACUGCCGGAUCAUGAUUGGGUUGUUGCUGAAAGGCAUAAACUAAUUCCUUCAGUCUAUGCAAUAUUGGAUAUACAAGAGGGUAAGUAUAGGCAAGCUGAAGCAGUUACAUAUUCGGGUCCAACAUUUAUAAGAAUUUGUAGCGAUAAACAUGAUAGAAGUACUGCUUAUUCUCACAGUAAAGAUUUUGAUAACUUGAUGAAUGAGGAGAAAUUGCGUAACUACACUACAACAAUGAACGAACAAUCUAAACCUGUAGUGGUGCUGAUAAGUGACAGUGGUCCCGACGAGAAUUCUAGAUAUAGAAAAACAAUUCAGAUGAUGAUCGAACAUUUUGAUAAAUAUGAUCUUGAUACUAUUAUUGUAGCAUGCUUUGCACCAUACCAGAGUUCAUCUAAUCCAGUCGAAAGGCGAAUAGCGCCUUUAAGUCAUGACUUAGCUGAUGUUAUACUUUCGCAUGAUACUUUUGGAUCACAUUUAGAUGCACAGCUAAGAACAAAUGAUGAGGAGUUAGAAAAGCGUAAUUUUAAAGCUGCUGCAGAUAUUUUAAUAUCAAUAUGGGAAAGUACAAUUAUAGAUAGCUACCCAGUUCUUGUUAAAUAUCUAGAUCCUUCUGAUGAACAUUACAGCCCAAGUGAAAAGUCAGUAACUUGGAUUGAAAAACAUGUAAUGACUUGUCGUUAUAUUACUCAAGUUACAAAGUGUGAUGAUCCAAGUUGCUGUAAGCCUUUUCAUAGUGGGAUUAGGCAAAUUCUCCUGAAUCGGUUUAUUCCUCCACCACUUGUAGUUCAGCAAACGCCCUAUAGUAUUUGCGCAGCAAAGUUAAAUGAAUCUGACGAUAUAACCCACUUUAGCUCUUUUCUUUUAUCUGUAUUAAUGGAAGGUAAACUAACUCCUCCAGAUAUGAAUAUACGAUACCUUCCUUUUGAUUGGUAUUGCCCAACUGUCAAUAAAUCGAUCAAUGAAUUUAUUUGUUCUUACUGUAAUCGGUACUUUGCUUUAAAAAGAACUUUAAAAAGCCAUACCAAAAAAUGUUCGCGUAAUGAAUCUAAUUUAUCUGUAGAGGCUGCUUUAGAAUUCCUAGUGGUUGAGACUAUGUGGGUGGAAGAAGAGGCAGUACCAGAAGAUGUGUUAGAAACCUAUCAUCAGCAGGUACAAGUUCAAGAAGAAUUGAUUGCAAAUAAAGUGUUAAUAGUUAACUGGGAUACUUGGAAAAAAUACAAGUGGACAAAUAAAUAA